UGCGAAACAAAAGGGCAUCACGACGUUAAUAAAUACAAAAAUCUAUGGCUGCGAUUGUCGAAUUGUGUUGUUUUUAAUGAAAUAAAACUAAAAUAAAACGUAAAAAAAAUUGAAAAACUAAUGUGUACAUGUUAAAAAAUAUAACUUAUCGACGUACCGUCAUUCCGGAAAUUAGUACCUACUGGUUCAAUUUUCGAAAACUAAGUAGAAAUGCCUCAAGACACUAAAACGCAUCAAGACACUAAAAUGCCUCAAGACACUAAAAUGCAUGACAGUCCUAAAGAAAAUAAAAAUGCCGGAGAUGCCCCCUCGCCGGACCUGGCCAUGCCAGGGCGCUCCAAGGAGGAUGUUGAGAUGGUCAAGCAGCUGAUGUUACCGUCACCGCCGCCGGCACCGCCGAAAUCCCCGUCACGGCUCCUGUAUGAAGCACAAAUGCGGCGCUCCGAAGAGAGAAAGGCACGUUUCAAGACACGGUGGCCCGACAUAAAGAGGCCUCCGCUAGUCUGCAAGCCGUGGAAGCCGCCGGGGCCUCCAACACGAGAGCCACCACUGAAACUCGAGCUGCCCGCGCUGAAGCUGCGACGCUGGGUGCCGCCGUACCGGCGCGGGCGCCGCCGCCGCCCGCGCCUGCUGCGAAUCCCGCCCGAUGAAAUCAAUAAGGAAUUGUAUGAGUACGCCAAACUUAAGAAGAUUUGGCACAACUUUAGCCAAGUGGACCGAAAUAAGAUGAUGCUACGUGGCAAGUUAGCCUGCAACUCCAGGAGGUACCGAUGCGGCGUCGGAAGUGGUACCCAAACAGCGUGCAUAGCGUUCAUAGCGCGCGCCCUACUGAACGAUAAGGCAGCUUCAGAACUCACUCGACGAGAUGUGGAUGAAGUUAUCGAUACGGGGGACAAGUUCUACCACCAGUGCAUGUUGGCGUUGAAGUGCUACAAGGGCAGGCGUCAGUUGGAGUUGAAGCAACUCCUCACCUCUUUCUACUUCAAGGACCACAAAUACACCGUUAAGGUCCAGGAGAAGGACCGAGGAGUUCUGGCCAAGCAUCCGGACAACAUACAUUCAGCGCCUGAUCUUAUGGGGUUAAUGGAAAAGCGCGUCGGCACCAACUACAUGUCCAUCCUUACCGUCGGCGACCGCAAUUUCCUGAUCUGGGGACACCCCCCACCCCCUGAAUCUGGCUCGCAGGUCAAGACUGUCUGCUACCUCUUCGACCCUCACAUGCAGAGCGAGACUGGACAGCCGCAUAGAUUGCAUGGUGGCGCCGCGUUCAUUCGUUACGCCGGCGUCACCUCGUUCGUACUUGACUUCGUGGCCAACUAUGGGGGGCUGGACGCCAGCAAACGGGAGUGCCCCAUGCCACCAGUUAUCAUCACUGAUAUUGAGGUGCUAGCCCGCGAGCCACUGAUCCGUCAGCCGCGCUACGAGCUGGAUUUGAAGGCGCUACCCACCCAUUGCGAGUCCGAAUGGAUCAGUUUGCACAACAACACACUCAUCGAAAAGAAACAAGGGGGACAGUAUCCACUGGAAUCCCUGAGCGCCGUUUCGCUGGCGACGUCGCGCACCACCUCGCGUCGGAAGCUUCGCGAGUUCUAUCAGAAGGUCCCCAAAGAACCGGUGCCAACAUUGCCAAUGGCGCCCGAGAAGGGUCCCGUUUCGCCCACCAUGGACCAGAUCAUGGGUUUCCGUGGGGAGGACUUCUUCCUGUACUGCCCGAAAGGAGAGGCACAUAUGUUUGGCAGGGACGACAUGGUCACCCGACCCAAAUCGGAGACAAUCCUGCACAGCGUGGUGGACGUGGCUAACAAGAACUUCCCCACACAGUACGAGCAGUUGGAUGCUGAGAAGUGGAUACUACGAGCCACCAGGCAUAUGGCUAGUUACAGAUACAAGACAUUCAAAUGGUACACGGCGAUUCCGUGCUGCCUGGUCGCCCUGGCGAUGUUGCGUCGCCUCCGAGCGCGAGCGUGGAAUGAAGACAUCCUUGAUGAGACGCUAGAUCUUGGCUACAAUGUGUAUCGGGAGUCAUUACUGCCCCGCGGUGGACCGAUCAGACGUCUGGUGCUCGGUGAGAUGGCGGAGAGUUUCCAGAUCAGAGACAAGGAAUACACGCACAAGGAACAAGGCAUCGCAGUGUGGGGUAAGCUGGUAUCAAACAAUCCGAAGGUGUUCGAUCUCUGCCGAGGCCUGGACGAGUUCUUUGGGACUGCAGACUCUGGGAUACUUCAGAUACCCGGCGCGCUGGAGACUGCGAUCUGGAACGAAGGUGGCAUGUAUUAUCUGUACCACCCGUGGCCCGCCGACCGGUAUGGAAACAGGGUGAGCCUUCAAGGCGGCGGCAAGGCGUGCCUCCUCUGCUUCAAGCGGACUACCGGCCUCUGCGACCACUUCCUGGCCUCGAACCGCGACCUUCGCCGGAAGCCGUUCAGCAUCAGCGCCGUCAGCGUCACGGAGCGCCCCGGCGGACCGCUGCCUGAACCCAUCAAUAACCUUAAACCGGUGGCCCAAAACCGCUGGGUGGUCCGCGGCAGCUUCCACGAGGGAGACGAACGGUUCCCUGAAGAACAUAGGAACAAGCAGGCCACUCCUAUCUCUAUAGCCGCCAUCGCUAUGGCACAUGUAGCACCGAUUGAAGAGUGGACUCAGGAAGAAGUUAACGAGACGCUGAUCCGAGGUGACAUGCUCUAUGAAAGCACCAUGGAGAAUCUAGAGAAGAUGGGUAUAAGCAUGGACACCGGCCCAGCCGAGGGCGAGGGAGAAGCUGAAGAGGAACCGGCCCCAGCUGGGACCCUGGCCGCUGCUGACGUCAUGACCAGGUUCAGGAUAACGGACUUUGACUGUAUUGAGACGGAGGUCCAAGAUGGCGCGUUCGUUGGAUCCCUGUCGCCAUCGGAAGGAGUGCUGUCGUUGCGAGCCUCCCUGAAGAAGGUCUUCAACGAAGUGUCACACGCGGUGCUGACCGCUCGAGGGAACUCCAUGGCGUUGAUUAAAGCUGACAACAAGUACUACAUGUUCGAUCCACAUGCGUGCGACGAGAAUGGCUACCCGUCAGAUGACCUGACAGCCUCAGCCUGCCUGGUCUGCGUCGGUAGUUCCAUCAACGCACUAGCAGCCGCCAUUGAGAGUAACCUGCCUCCUGGCAGUGAUGAUUCUUUCAACAUCUCGCCUGUCGAAGUUGCGCUGGCUAAACUUAAUAUGGAGUUGGGGGCUCCUGAACCCAAUUUAGAGAGCAAGGAUUUCACUUGGAUUCAGAAGCGCGCCGCAGCCAUCAUGCCCGGACCACGCGGGGAACACUCGGCGAUCGGUAAAUCUGCCAAAAAGGCCGGCAUUGGGGAUGAGGACAAAGCUGGAAGAACUUUAGCGUUGCCUGCCGUCGCAGCAUUCGCGGCAGCCACCGACGCGGUGCCUCCGCCGCACAUGCAUCAGGACCACAUGUUCAACUUCUUAGAUGCUGGCGCCGACUACUACCUCCAGCACGUGAAGAAGACAGGGAACAAGAAUAUUAACGUCGAAGACUUGUCGCAGAAGUUCGAGAUGGGCGCCAACACCUUCUCCAUCGCGCUGGAGGAAGCUUACGCGAGGCUGCCUUUGCGGCUGCCUGAUGAACCUACCGGGGAAGGCGCCGAGGCCGGCGGCGGGGAAGCGGGGGAAGAGACUGAAGAAAUAAAACAGAUGAAAGACCUGAUGAACAAGAUGUGGAACGACCAGACGAAACCGACACAGACUGCGUUACUCCUCGGUGACUACCACCAACUGGGAGUGUGGUGGUCGGCCGGUGGUCAAGUGGUCGCGUUCGACCCGGCGCCUACCAUGCCACGUCUUAUGCUCACGGAGCAUCGGAUACAGAAAGGUGACGAGAUCCGUCUCCAGCGCAUCAGGGAUGAGAUGGUCGGUGAAGGAGGGGGUGGAGGGGACGAGGACGAGGAAGCGGGGGGCGAGGGCGAGGCACAGCCGGAGCCGGAGCCGACACCGGUGCCGCGCGAGGCCACGCCCGUCCUCAUGGUCUUUGCCAGUCCUUCGGAGUUCAUUGACAAACUCACACUCCAAGGCCCCCUGGACCGCAAGCAAUGUCUGGCCCCAUACAAGUUGUACACCGUCAAGGUCAUCAAUGAGCUGACCUCGCUAGUGAAGGACAAGCGACCCGGGUCCAAAGGAGGCGAGGACGAGGACGAGGGAGAAGAGACCGAAGUCCUAGUGGACCCCCUAAGCGACGAUGCGGUUGGAAAGUAUAUGGUGCGGACGGGCCGCACGGUCGCGUCAGUCCGCGGUCGCGUCGCGCAACAUGAGAACUACUUCAGCGAACCCGCGAGGGACAACCAGGACGCCGCCAUGUCAUUGGUAGCCAUCGCGGUUUCACACAUCGAGCCAUACCUCUACUGGAAGCCGGCCCUCAUAGACGCUGUGGUCAAAUAUGGUGACCGGUUGUAUACGAUGUCGCUGGGAAGUGCGAAAAACCCGCCGCGGGUGACCACUACAGAGUGUGUGCGGGACUAUAGGAUGACCAACUUUAACGUUAGAACGACUGUAGGUGACGAUGUAGUGAACGGCGAUCUGAAGGCAGGCGAUUCCGGAUCCCUUCUCAAUGUGCGUCGGGCCAUCGGCAAAUUCUUUGAAUCGAACAAGUACGGUGUGAUCUGCGCGAAGGACUACUGCGCGGCGAUCUGGCAAGGAGAGGCCGGCUCCUUCUGCAUGUUCGACCCUCACUCCGUCGGGCCCACCGGCAAGUCAUCUCCCAUUGGAGGGGCUGGGCUGAUUGUCUUCAGCACGACGGAUGACCUGGCUGACACUUAUCGAGAGAAUGUUGAGGCACUUACUCGGCCAGGGAAUAACCUUUUCUCGAUAACUCCAAUCUCGGUUGCGUGGGAGUUCACUCCAAUACCGGGCAAGGCGGUGGCGCCGAGCGCCGUGCCCGACGAGCCGUAUGAGUGCAAGGUGCUAACAGCAUACGUGGAGAUGGGUAACGGCCGCACCAUUCUAAGAGGCUCGCGUCCGCCAGACUCUAUGAGGUUCUGUCGCGAUGCAGUACUGCAGUCAGCUGCAAGUGCAAUCGUCGGCGCCUGCAUGUCGCACGUGCGUCAGCCGCAUCUCUGGACGAGGAACACUGUCGAUCAGGUGAUGUCAGAGGGUUGCAAGCUGUUCACGGCGUCCAUCAACAAUCUUGGCUACGAGUUCAGACCUGGAGACGACAUUCUCAUGCCCUUACAGGUGAUGAAGCGUUUCAUCCUGGGCUCGAACUACGUCCGCUUCGAUCUGCAGGAGAUCUCUGGCGGACGGAUCGAUCAGGUGAAACCCGAGGGUGCAGACACGUUGAGAACGGCGAUAGCCCGCUUCUUCGGGCGCAGAAACACGCACGGCAUUAUAUGGUGCGCGCCGUACGCGGCCGCCAUAUGGUCGGCACGGGGUCCGACUCCGCCGUACUAUAUGUUGGAGCCGCACGCUGCCGGACCCACAGGCUUGAGGACGGACGGACGGGAUAUCGGAACGGCGUGUGUUCUCACGUUUACUUCUCCAAAACUCUUGGCGCUUGCCUACCUCCAAAACAUCCCUCCGAAAGACCGUCUAAAAAAGACCUACCACCUCUUCAAUAUCUCCGUGCAUGUGGCACCCAUCAAGAAGUUACUAAAGGAACCGCCAUUAGUCAAGUCUUCACCUGAUGUUAAACUGGUGCCCGCCACGAGCAAGGUUGGCGUCGACGGUCUGAGACGGCGAGCAUCCGAGGCGGACAGAAAGCAUCCGCCUGGUGGUAUCACCUGUAAGGAUGCUCAGAGGGCCACGGAGGCUCAGGACAAGGAGGAAGCCAAGCUGAAAGGUCGUCGCAACGCAAACGGCUGGCUGGUCCUCGCGGAUGGCUCGCAGUACCUGAGCGCGCGACAUUCCAUCGCUUGUCGCAAGUUCCCUCACGGUUCCCGCGGCCACCAGGCCCUGGCGUGCGCCGUGAUGGCGGUGGCGAUGUCCCGAGUCCAAGAUGUCUGCCGCUGGUGCUCUUCCACGUUGGAUGCUAUUCUGCUGAGCGGAGACCAGCUGUACCAGGACAGCUACUUGCACUACAGGCCAAAGGACUCCAAAAUACUUCAGAUAGAACAGAUCCUUCGCAAGUUCUACACGCCGGGCAACUGCGUGUGUCGUGUGGUGGUGUUCCAGCCUCGGCAGGUGGGCCAUGUGGACUCCGACCUCGCCACACAGCUCACGGCGUUCUUCAAAGAGGAGAGGCACGGCGUGCUGGUCGCGGGGGAUGGAGACUUUGCUGUCGCACUCUUCAAGGCGCCCAGAGGGUUCUACAUGUUCGACGCAACGGACCGCGACCGCUACGGGCGGGCUGUACCACCUCCCUGUGUCGGACACGCACGCGCUUGCUUCUCGCAAUAUCCUACAGUUCAAUCUCUAGCAGAUAAGCUCGGCGCCAACAUACCGCCCGUGAUGAAGGCUGAGCAAGAGGCCGGGCAGGACAAUACUUCAGAACCCAAAGAGUCCAAGGCUGAACAGAACGGUACUGAGGAACGUAAAGAGUCCAAGGUAUCAUUUAAGGAGGAAGCGGCAUCGUUUAAGAUUUACGGCAUGGAAGUUACGAGUUUACGAAGAUUGAACCAGUACGAGAAGUGAACAGUGAGCCAGUGGUACACAGUGAACCAACGUAUUUCGUCGCCGUUCAUGAUGUGCUACAUAAAAAAUGUGUUUGCGGGGGUUGAUGAGUUUGAGAAGUGAGCCAAUGGUAAACAGUGAACCAGAAUUGUGGAUUUUCUCAUGUUUGAUCAAUAACUCGACUUUCACAAAUAUUUGCACGGUUUGUUAGUUCCUAUUCUUAUUUUUGACAAUUUAUGCAGUUACGAGUAAUUCGUUAUGUUGAAGUCUCGAAACCAAAAUUUAACAAAAAUAUUGUUGUGUUUAUGUCGUGGCCAUUUUGUAUUUGAAACAACGUUUUAAUAAAAAAUGAAACUAA